AGGUAGAGCGAGCCUGGCUGAGAGGAGCCACACAUCUGGAACCAGAAUGUCUGCUCCGGACACAGGCUCGGAGCCCUCUCCAGGGGCAGGCCCCUUUGAGACCACACUGCACAGACUCCGGGAGACCUUCUAUGCAGGGCGGACUCGGCCUGCUGAGUUCCGGACAGCACAGCUGCAGCGCCUGGGUCGAUUCUUGCAGGACAACAAGCAGCUGUUGCAAGAUGCACUGACUAAGGAUCUGGGCAAGCUCACGAAGUUGAGUUCAGCCUUCAUCCGGAAGGAGCCCUUCGGCCUGGUGCUUAUCAUUGGACCCUGGAAUUAUCCUUUGAACUUGAUGAUCACGCCUUUAGUGGGGGCCAUUGCUGCAGGAAACUGUGUGGUGCUGAAGCCAUCAGAAAUUAGCAAGAACACAGAGAAGGUGCUGGCAGAGCUGCUGCCCCAGUAUCUGGACCAGAGCUGCUUUGCUGUGAUGCUGGGUGGGCCUGAGGAGACCGGGCAGCUGCUGAAACACAAGUUUGACUAUAUCUUCUUCACAGGGAGUCCUCGGGUAGGCAAGAUCGUCAUGGCUGCUGCUACGGAACACCUGACACCCGUCACCCUGGAGCUGGGGGGUAAGAACCCCUGCUAUGUGGAUGACAACUGUGACCCCCAGACAGUGGCCAACCGUGUGGCCUGGUUCCGCUACUUCAACGCCGGCCAGACCUGUGUGGCCCCCGAUUAUGUGCUGUGUAGCCAGGAGAUGCAGGAGCGGUUGGUGCCUGCCCUGCAGAAUGCCAUCACGCGUUUCUAUGGAGACAACCCACAGACCUCCCCCAACCUGGGCAGAAUCAUCAACCAGAAGCAUUUCAAGCGGCUCCAGGGAUUGCUGGGCUGUGGCCGUGUGGUCAUCGGGGGCCAGAGCGAUGAGGGAGAGCGCUACAUUGCCCCCACAGUGCUGGUAGACGUGCAGGAGACAGAGCCCGUGAUGCAGGAGGAAAUCUUUGGUCCCAUCCUGCCUCUGGUUACCGUGGGGAGCCUGGAUGAAGCCAUUGAGUUCAUCAACCGGCGGGAGAAGCCGCUGGCGCUGUAUGCCUUCUCCAACAAUAGCCAGGUGGUGAACCAGAUGUUGGAACGCACCAGCAGCGGUGGUUUUGGAGGCAACGAUGGCUUCCUCUACCUGACCCUACCAGCUCUGCCCCUGGGAGGAAUUGGCAACAGCGGGAUGGGCAGGUAUCACGGCAAGUUCUCCUUUGACACCUUCUCCCACCAGCGUGCCUGCCUGCUGCGCAGCCCAGGAAUGGAAAAGCUGAAUGAGCUCCGUUACCCGCCUUAUGGUUCCUGGAACCAGCAACUGAUAAGCUGGGCCAUGGGCUCCCAGAGCUGCACCCUCCUGUGAAUGCCACCUUGACUCCUCUCUCCUGCUGCCCUGCCCCAACCUACCUGAGCUUUCAGCA